AUGGCUGCUGCGUCGGCCGACGCAGGCGGCCCGAUGAAGAUCGACCCAGGGAAGCAGAUGGUGCACAAAGGCGGCCCGACCGAACCGAAGUACACACUGGCCCCUUUGGCUGACGUGCUGAAGGUUGACAGGGUCGGCAAUCACAGCUACGUGGUGACCAAUAUGAUUACUGGCGAGACUUCUCUCGUGGAGCCGUUCUUGGAGUGCGAGCUCGUCACCGUCGGCUGCGAUUGCGCGCUGGCCUUGGUGACAAUGGAUGGCGAUGCUGACGUGAAGGAUCUCGACGCCCUCUUCAAGUAUGCGGUCUAUGUGGACGAGAGCGGCCACUACAACAUAAGCACGUCCAGGACUACCAAGCAUGCGCCCAAUGAGUUCGUCAACUGGCACUACCUGCGGAUGAAGUUCAGGAGGGGUCGCAGCCUUAUCCCGCUCUCGUACGUCGGCGCCCCCGUGGACAUCGCGACCUGCACGAUGAAGAGGCCUCGCGAAGGCAAUCAGCAAAUAUGGUGGCAACUUUCAGCGGUCCACAGCAUUCUGAAGGUUGCCAGUUUCAGGAAGGUGUUCAGCCAGUGGUUCCAGAGGCUCCACCAGUCGUGGACCACCGACUUCGUGCGUUACAUCGGCCCCAGCGGGAAGGGCCUGAUCAUCCAGGCCUCUUACGGCACGGACGACGCGUCGAAUAGGAAGUCUAAGCUGUUGCCAGACAUGCGGUGCCUACCGUUCGCUUGUGCCUCCACCGCAGGACUCCUCAUAAUGCUGCGCAGGAUCGGAACCACUAUGCCGAAGGGCGGGGAGAAUACCGUCAUCACGCAGAAGUGCGCAAACACGCUUGCCGAAUCGCUCGCGGGGUUGACCAAGAGACAGCCGUGGAAUAUUGCAUUGGAGUUGGACGACGAGUGGGUGUGCACGUGGCCUCGCCCUCGAGUGAAGCCCGAUGGCGUCUCGGCCAUCCAGAUCACCUGCAUCGGCGGCCUCGCGGACCUGUCCCAGCUCCUCGCCGCGGGGGAGCGCGAUGGCCCAGCCAGGAGGUGGUGGGCAGUGCUGAAGUACAUUAUCACUGGCGAGUCGGCGCAGAUCAACGUGGGCGAGCUCUUGAAGGCUGCAUGCGGCAAGACUGCCUUGAGGAGCCUGUACGGCCAGGUCGUCCUCGCGAUGUCUUGGGAAAUCGAGAGGGUCUGUUUGAAGCAAUCUCAUGGCGACGCCCCCAACGGACCCGAUGGCUUCGAUUUCAAGUACCCCAAACCCUCGGACAUCAUCGACGCCGAAGGGUUCGACAGCUUCCUGUGCCAGUACACGGUGGACCAGAGCUUCGACGGCGAGGGCGCCGCCCCCGACGCUGUCGGCGUGAACCCGAAGAAGAGGCAGGCUGACACACCGACUUGGGCCAGGCGCAAUUCCGAACAGAUUGGGUGGCUGACCAAAUACACGGGCGGGGAGCGAGAGACCUUCAAGCCGAGAAAGUUGCACAGAGUGGCGGCCAAGCAUUGGUUGGACAACACCGACAACCAGUUGAGGUGGGCCACUGCAGCAUCGGGGUGGAGCUCGUUCCUGCCCGUCGAAGGUGGCGACUGGUCCGACUGGCGGACGACCCCCCACCUGACAGUGGCAAUCGACUUGGGCGGGGACGGCCUCAGCGCGAUGAACCUUCUCGAGUAUGGGCCCAAGGAGUUCAAGUGUUGUGUCGACAAGUUUUGCGACCCUGCCCAUGGUGGCAACCGCUCUGUGGUGUGCAUGCUGCACGACGUGAAGCUCUGGGGGUUCAUGCUGAGAAAGCGCUACAAGGAGCUGAGGGAAGCCAUGGCGGACUUCGUCAACAGCAAGGGUGCCAAGUCUUCACCACUGUUCUUGAGCAAGGCCUCGGGACUUCGGAAGUGCUACGAGAGGCAGGGCCACAAGUUCGACGAUUCGCGAGACACCGAGGACCAACUUCUGGAACUUCUGUCCGCGCGUGCAGGCCACGUGCCGACUGGCAUGCGGACUAACCUCAAUCGCUUCCAGGGCGUCACUGCUUGCGCCCUCAAGAAUGUACCGAAUUGGGAGGUAUAUGAGUUCGAGCGCACGUACCUGGCGCUGCACAACGGCUGGCUCACGACGAAAGCAUUAUUGAAUAAGUUUCGCGUCAAACCAGGGCCCGCCCAGAUCGUCGAAGAGCACGGUGGUACCACGACGGAGAAAAUAAUUACUUUGGAGACGAGGUCUGCGUUGAAAGGGGCGACUGUCAAUUGCGUGGCCCUCUCGGUCGUCCUCUUGAGCGACCCCGUCAGCCACCGCAUCUGCAGCGGCUUCGCUGGUUUGGGCAAGCACGUCAAGGACUGGCACACAGAGGGGAACAAGAUCGGGCGAUCCGCCAAGGGCACGUUCGAUUGGAUCGUUCGCCAGGCGGGCGGGGAGUUCUUGACGCGCGUGGCAGGCCUCGUGGCUACUGGGCAGGACGCGCGCUUCCUUCAGGAGUGCGACUUCGCAUGCUCUGAAGCCGACGCCCAGAAGCUCGACGCAAAUGACGUUGCCAUGGAGGACGAGGCCGCGAUGAUGAUCACGGACAUGCAGUGGUGUUUGGUCAAGCACCGCUUGAGCCGAGGGUUGCACAUGACGCUUGGGUGGCCGUGGCGAAUGGUUGGCAUCCACAGCGACGAGCCUGGACUUGCCGACCAGAUCCUCCAGAAGUUCAAGGUCGACAUGGAGGCCUACGAAGCGCUGGCAAAGUACCUCCCCAUGUCAGCCGCAGUGAAGGAGGUCGUUGACAGGCGCUUGUUUGGGAAGAUCAGCAACCAAGUGCUCCAGCGCGCCUGUCUCGACCCAGCGGUGAACUUCAGUCCCCAUGCAGAGUUGAAAUCGUUGCUUCAAAGGUGGGCCUCUGGUCUCCUGAUGACCCAGAUUGUUGAGGACAUUAACGGCGCACAGAAGAACAACAGGCAAGUUAUGUCGGCUGCUCGGUUCAGGAAGCCAGAGAAGAGCAUGGCAGUUGCCCUUGGUUCUGGGAUCCUCGAGGAGCGCCGCGACUUCGACCUCCUGAUGCCCGAGCACGUCUACGUGGCCAAGAGCGCCAGGCUUCCAGCGGAGGCGUUCAGGCCUUCGCCAGCGACCCGCAGCCUUAAGUUCGAGAGGCUGGUCUCCACGACUCCCUCGGUCCCUUGGCACAGCCCAAGUGCCAUCAACGUCCAUGCCAACAUGGCCGACCUCGUCUGCCUUCGGACCAUCCACGGCUCCGACAAGAACUUCGGCCGCAUGGAAAACGCUUGGCACGGGCAGCUAGUUUCUUGGAAGCAUCACUUUGUAUUCCGAUUCAGCGGUACGGACCAGUGA